AUGUCACAAAACCCAUUCGAAUCACUCACAUUUGGCAACUCGCUUUCCCUUCGCGUGGAUGGUGCCAUUGGUACAAUGUCCCUCUCGCCAAAUGGCAGAGAUGCUGUUUUGGCGGGGAGAAAGGGUUUAUUCAUCAUCGAUUUAGAUGAUCCAUUCAUGACCCCGAGAUGGCUACAUCAUAUCACCUCUUGGGAAGUCGCCGACGUUCAGUGGUCUCCUCAUCACUUUGUUAAACCAUCAUGGUGCAUUUCAACUUCAAACCAGAAGGCCCUCUUGUGGGACUUGGCAAGACCUUCCAACAACGCCAUAGCGCAUGUUUUACACCGUCACACAAGGGCGAUAGCAGACAUUAAUUUCCACCCUAUGGAUCCAGAAGUUUUGGCAACAUGCUCAAUAGAUACAUUCGUUUAUAGCUGGGAUAUGCGAAGUCCACGACGACCCAUUGGUAAAUGGGCAGAGUGGCGUGCUGGUGCCACACAAGUGAAAUGGAGUCAUAAUGAUCCCCAUCAAUUGGUAUCCAGUCAUGACCACAGCUUCUUUUUAUGGGACACUAGGAAAGGUGCGGUCCCAGUUCUAAGGGCUGAAAAUGCCCACACCGGAAAAAUCAACGGACUUGAUUUUAGCAGUGCCGACAAUAAGCUUACGACAUGCUCUAAUGAUGAGAGCAUAAAAGUGUGGGAUCUCCUGAACUCUAGUACAGAGAAGAUCAAGCCAUCCGUUAUAAUGCAAACCGAGUACCCUGUUGCGAGGGCAAGGUCCUUACCAUUUGGCAAAGAUGGUUGUUGUGGUAUCAUGCCGCUCAGAGGAGGCGGAAAUGCCAUUCAUAUUAUCAACUACCAAGGCGCAUUGAACGAGAAUGCAGCAACGGGGAAACAGUUCAAAUGGAUGUAA